UUCACGUUUGUUGUUUUUUUCUUUUUUUUUUAUCUGAGAUGUGAUAGCAGACGAUCGAUCGUUUCCCAUCUCCUGCCAGUCUUGGCUUGCAAGCAUCCCCCAAAUCCCUCUAUGUUGAGGAGCUCCAAGCUCGAACUUGCACAAAAACAACAACAACAAAAACAACAAGAAAGCGGCUAGCAGCUAGCAGCUAGCAGUCAAGACUCGAAAAAAAAUGUCGUCGCGAGCCGAGGAGAGUAACACCGAGUGGCUGAUGGGCGUCAUGUGCACCUUUUAUGCCCUCGCCAUCUUCAGCGUCUGCCUGCGCAUGUACACGCGCCUCGUGGUGGUCAAGUCGCCCGGCCUCGACGACUACUUCAUGGUGGCGGCGGCGGCGUGCGCAACCGUCGGCAUGGCCACGCACGGCGUCCAGUCCCAGAACGGGAUGGGCAAGCACUACGAGUUCAUCACGCCGCCGAUGCGCGUGGAGUACUCAAAGUUUGGCUUCUUCCAGAGCAUCAUCAACAACACGGGCGGCAUCUCGAUCCUCAAGGUCUCCAUCGCCCUCUCGCUGCUCAAGCUGGGCGGGGGGAACAGGGCCUACACAAACACCCUCUACGCAUUCCUCGCCCUGACCGCCGCCGUCACCAUCUACGCCUGGUGCACCUUGAUCUUCUUUUGCGACCCCGUCCACGGCUACUGGGACAAGACCAUCAACCCCAAGUGCUAUGACAUUAAGCUCUUUGUCGUGUUUGGACUGGUCCACACCGCCGUCAACAUGUUUACCGACGUCGCUUUUGCCCUGCUGCCAAUCCCCAUCAUCUGGAUGUUGCAGAUGAAGAAGAGGACCAAGAUCUAUCUUUGCAUUGUCCUGAGCCUGGGUCUGAUUGCUGUCGUCAUGGGAGUCCUCAAGGCCACAUACCAGAUCAAACACGGCGGCGACCGAGACGUCGCCUUUAUGCAUGGCGUGCAGUUCUGGGCCUUCCUCCAGCUCAACACGGGCAUUAUAGCCGCCUGCGCCCCGACCCUCAAGCCCCUCCUCGGCCGCACCCUACACCUCGGCAGCACCGCCAAGCCCCGGAGCUAUGGCAACAGCAGCAGCGCCAUGUACUUUGACAGCAAGGGCAACAACAGGUCCCGGUCCAACAGGGGCUACAUCAACCACACCGACAACGACGAGGUCGACAUUGAGCUGAGCCGCACGAGCAGGCAGAUACUGGGCGGAGGCGUCGGUUCGUUCCACGCCGGCGCCGUGGGCGGUGCCGAGGCCCUGAGGCAGCAGCAGCAACAACACGGGGGCGGCUCGUCGUCGGCUUCCAAGGGUGCGGACUCGCAGAGUGAAGAGUUUAUACUGCAGGGAACCGCAGAAGGUGGCAUUCUGAGGACCACGGAAAUAUCGAUACAGCGGUGAAAAUCGGGUAGGACUGAAAAUCAUUCGACUUUGCAUACGAGGUAUGACUAAUAUCAAACAAUUGUUAAUGAGCUAGGAGGUUGGAGAUCAGUGGCACCUCUAUCUAUUUACCUGUCUCCUUACCUGUCUCCCUACCUGUCUUCCUACCUGUCUUCCUACUUGUGUACCUACUUUAUCCUUACCCUUAUAUAACCUAGAUACCCACGUCAUCACGCGAAAAAAGCAUUUCGCUCAGUA